GUGUGUGUGUGUGUGUGUGUGUCUGCCUGUAGGUGGUCCUGGCUGAGCCAGCCCCACAGGGGAGGAGGUUGGACAUUUGGGGGUGUCUGGUAAUCGGGUGUGUCACAGAGCCCCGCAGCCUUCCCCCUGCAUCAUUGAUUGAGUCAGCCCCACAGUGACAGCAGCCCAGCCGCCAAACUAGGAGCCACGAGAGUGCCAGCCAAUGGCAGGGCCUGCCCUUCUCCCUGCAGCCCAGAUGCAGAGGCUGGCACCCUGGCCCCUUGCCUCACCAUGUCCCUGGAUCCUAUGGGCCUGCACUGCCAGCUUAGCAGAGAGUUCCUCCCUGGAUGGGUUCCGGAUGGAGGCGGGACAGAUCCGACAGAGGAAUGAGCUGAAGGAAGAGGAUGGCAGGAGUGAAGGCCAGCUCCCAGAGGGAGAAGCCGAAUCCCAGUGGCUGCAGGAUACAGGCCUGUCAGGCCUCCUUGGUGUCCAGGGCUUAGACAGUGACCACCAGGGGUCCCCAUCCACCCUGACACAGCCCCCCCGGUGGUUGCCAUGUGCUGCCGGCUGGACAUCCAUCCUGCUAAGCCUGAAGACACACCAGGCACCUGUCAGAGAUGUCGGGGGCAUCUGGGGAGUCUUCCAUUCAAUGGUGAAUAAGUGGCAUAAGGGUCACUGCAGGCCCUGCCUGCCUGGGGCCUCUGAUGCAUCUUCAGAAAAUGGGGCCUCGGGUAUGAAAUGGACCCAGCUCGGGUCUGGGGCUUCUAAGUCUCCUCCAGCCACAGUGCUGGAGGGGCCGCCGUGUAGGAAGCAAGGGAGGAAGCCCUUGGAUGCUGCUGGGCUCCUGCAGAUGGCCGGACCACCUCUGAGAGACACCUUGUCGACAGAAACGUGGCUUUUCAGUGUGCCCCUCGAUGCCCUGCUGGAAGCUGAUGGCAAAGCCCUCCCUGGCACCCAGUUCCCACAGUUGUACCCAGCCUUGGCUCAUUGGGCCCAUGACAGGCUGCGCCUGGGGCCACCACUGGGAGAUGUUUACUGCUGUCCUGAUUUGGAAAAGACACGGCUGGACAUGGAAGGCAUUCUCAGGGGGCCUGGAUCCCAGGCCAGGGGACGGAAAAACGGCUGGGGAGAGAUUUCUCCAUGGGCCUUUAUAGCUGGGACAAGGUUCCCCGCAGCGGUCAUCCGGGAGCGGCCGGCGCCUCUGCUCACUGCUGAGUACCCCCCGGCCUUCACUACACUGCCCAACAUCCGGGACCUGAAGCAGCCCCUGCCGAUCUUCCGCCUGCUCAUCCUGACCCUCCCAGAACCCAACAGAAAGGCUGUGAAGGCACUCCUGGAAUUCCUCAGGAAGGUGGUGGCCUGAGAGCCAAGCAACAAGAUGACACUAUGGAACGUUUCCAUGGUGAUGGCCCCUAAUCUCUUCCUGCACCAACCAUGGCCCCCCAAACUCCCCAAGGGCAAGAAGAAGCAGCUGGCAGAGGGGGCGGCUGAGGUGGUGCCGAUGAUGGUGCAUUACCGGGUCCUGCUUUGGACGACGGAUUCUUUCUUGGUCUCCCAGGUGCGAAAACUGAAUGACAGCCGUGGCCGGCCCCCUCAGCUUGGCGAAGGGGGCCUCAAGACCUGGCUGCGAAGGUUACACUCAGACAGGGCCAAGGCGGGGGCCGGCCCGGAGUCGACUCCCAAAGUGGUAAAGAUCUAGGUGGCCUGGCCUAUCACAGAUCCCCUGGAGGUGCCCCUGAUUCCCCCCCACUGUGGUGAACAUCACCUGGACCCAGAGGCCUACCCCUUAGUUCUGUAUGGCGCCAACCCCCAUGGCGAUUGGGUCACUAAACAGAGCCCCUCCCCCCCCAAGCCCUGGACUCUGAGGAGCAGCCCCCGAUGCUGCAGGCCUGUCUCUGUGGCCUGGGCCAGUGGACCCAUGCUAGAGGAGACAGUGAUGCGCCUCCCCGGCCAUUCGGUGCUGCUCUGA